CCAAAAAAUACAAUUUUGUUCCAAUAUAUAUUCCGGAUUCUCUUUGUAUUCAAAAAUACUUUUCCAAAAAGCCUCCAACUUCUUUUAUUGGAUGUGCGGAACAAAAGUUACAACAGGAUACACUUUGCGUUGUAACGUCACGUAAAUCAACUUUUAUCAGCUGCUUAAAUGAUUUUUCAGAUAUAGUGUUAAAGCUUACUUCGAAUGGUUUAUUAAAACGCUUUCAAGUUCUUUCAUAAACAGAAAAUUAUACUAGCGUGAUAUUCAUAAAUUCAGAAUGUAUAUCCUCAAGUGCUUAAGGGGUUAUAUACCAUCAACACACGCGACGUUUCAAGGAUUUGACCCUCAUUCUAUAAAUCUGUUUUAACUUUUUCAAAUGAAAUCUUUCAUCAAACCUAAUUAUAGGUUCAGAAAAUAAACAAAUUUUUAUAUAAGAUUCGAUCUACAAAACUCGAAUGCUCUGGGCGAGGUAUUUUUAAUAAACGAUUGUACAACGUCACAUUAUAUUUCAUUAACUGUAGCGAUCACGUGUAUCAGAAGUCAAAAUAACUUCCAAAUUCAGUAACCCAAGUUCCCUGUUGCAAAUAUGUGUUUACUUCUUCCAUUCCGUAGGAGGAAUAAUGAACACUAGGCGGCUAAAACGUACUAUCCGCUCGCGCACGCACGUUUUUUCUCUUUCCAAAUCUGUCUCACGAUUGCACAAACUAGAGCAAGUGUCGGUCGCCGAACGGACCUCUUUGUCGUUGUCUUAUCAACCGCCCGACCAGAAAAAACUAUUUGAACGCAAGUGAGGGUAUUGGCGCGUAAUGGUAUGAUGCAAAUGUUUCGAGAGGGAAUGAGAUAGCGAUUCAGAAUCAAUUGUCCAAGAAGUUCGUUUUUCGAAAUACGAGUUUUACUUCGGUAAAAUUACGUACUUCCGGGUAUCUAGAACCAAAAAUCGUUUAUCUGAGGGUUUAGGAAUAGCUUCUCAUCCAUUUCAAUCUAGACCGUGAAAGAGGCUAGAGUGCGUGUUAGUUAAAUUUGUCCCGCGGUGUCGAAAGGUGUUGCGUUAGAGCUUAGCAGUAGGCAGUGCGGAGAUUUGUGUGCGUUUGUAAAAAGUACAAAAAGGUAAAUAUCAUUUAUUGGUGCUAUAUUGCAAAAAGGACAAUGCGUUCACGGUAUCGCACAGCCGUGCGACGGCUUUUAUUCUCCCAUUUAGUUUGGUGCUAUUCAUCGGCUCACCACACCGCACAGUGGCGGGUCUUCAAACAAAAGUCGGACAAAACCUCAAAUGUUACCUAAAUUGGCUGAAAAUCACAAUUUAAGCUAAUUUUGAGGUGCUGAGCUCAUUUUUGAUGUCAAAAGUCGUAAAAUAUUAAAUACAUUUUUCCAUACAGUGUCAUUGAACCUUUCUUAUAACUAUGAUCACGUUUUCAUGAUAGAUUUUCCGUUACUGUUCACCAAUGUCAGCAAUAUCAUAAAAAAUGAAGAACACUACUUUAAAUCCAUUGUAUAACGUGUUGGUUUACUGUAGAUUGUCUAACUAUUUUACACAAAACGCCAUGCGCCUCCAUAUCAGCAACAAAGCUUCAAAAUCUCCUUAAAACUUUUUGCGCACCUAGGCGCAGAACGAGACCAUUAUAUUCGAAAAGUGGAGGUUAUUUCCCAUAGAAUGUAUACUAUGUGACCGUUCCGAAAUGAUUCCGAAACUUGUACAGAAUACAUUAGUGAAAAAAGUAUUUUUGAUCUGACCAUCUAAAACAUAUUAAAACUAAAAAGUCAUAGUUCCAAGCAAAAUUUACCAGAUGUAUUUUAUUUACUAACCAAGCUCUUUCGUUCCUCUACACAAUGAAACUAGUUGUGCUAAAAUCGGACCAAAAUCAAAAGAGCAACAUGCAUUUGAAGUGAACAGAGCAAUGGUGGUUUCGGAAAUGAAAAUCAUUAUAAAGUCCGGACUUUGCUACGUUUAAACUCAUGUUAAAAAUCUUGUUCUUAUCCAAUGAUCAUAAAAUUUUGAAUAUAUAUCAUUCAAUGUAUGAGAAAUUUAGGAAAAAUAUAAAAUAUCAAUAUUUCAAAAAUAAAUUUUUGAGGUUUUGGCCAGCCUCCAGCCACUGUGCACCGCCCCUUCGACCACCGACGCGGUUUAGACACAAGUGCUAGCUUUGGAAAUUCUGGCGCUUCAACCAAAAAUCAGAAGUGCGACGAUUUCUGCAACGCUUUGCUCACUGGAGCUGCACGUCACAACCAUCCGGUGUGCACGUUUUUUGUUGCUGGCAGCUUGUCCGGCGUACCGACAGUGCCAGCAGUUAUCUAAUCCUGUACGCCGGAAGACAUCCGGAGAUCCUUAAUCGCCGCCUGCGCAGAUUCAUCACCGCCGGUAUAGAUACAUCGCCGCCACCGCAUCGCCGCAUCAGGACAGUCUUCGCAGUAGUGCGAAAGUGAGUGGGCAAACAACGAGAAAAAGACUGUAAGUACAAGAACUAUAAAAUCCAUGCGCAUGGUUCGUUAAAGUUUAGCCGAUACACGCACCCGGCAAACUAAAGUUCAACCGAAUUAUGGCACAAUAGCCCGGUAGUGAAUAGCGAUCGCUCUCCGCACACAGUAGGGGACAGUAAAAUUAUAGGCAACACCAUGUUAGGAAAAAAAUAAAUUAAGUUUAUGAAAAUGCCGGUUAAGUGAAUAAAUUAAAAUGUUGAUUGUAGUUUGUUGAAUAAUGUGUUGGUGUUAAAGAAAUAGUAUUAGCCAUGUUCCCCAAGUAAUUACGAAUUUGAAGAGGUAUCUCAUGUUUCGCGUCGUUGUAGUUUUGUAGUUUUUUUGGUGAUAUUUACUCCAAGUUGGGCUACUUGGGAAUCUUAGCCCCACCACUCGAGUCUCUUUUCGGUUUAGUUAUUUGGGUUUUGAGGUAUUCUUCCAGUGAUGAGACAAUACGAGUGGUGUUCUUAGGUAUUUUGGGAUAGGAAGGCGAACUUCUCUGGGUUUAUUCGGGUAAUUUGAUGCAUGAAACUGAGUACCUCUCGAUUCAGUUGCGUCUGCUAGGUCGUUCCUCUAAACCUUCACUAUAUCGACCCGCCCUGAGGCUGGGUUUCUGGUCGGGCAACCCUAAAGCACGACAAGUGGUCCUCGAAAGAGGUGGCGCUUAAGCCAUUUGUUCGGAAAGGUGGGACGAUUGGGCAGAUUGAAUCCGUAGCAACGUCGUGCGCGCUAGAUUUUGGCGCCCAACGUGGGGCCACGUUAUUGGGUAAUCUUAGGAAGCUAAUCGUAUUUUCUUGAGUAGGUUUCUCUGAGGUUGAUCAUAUGGUUCCGGAUUUUUCUUUUGGUCCUAAUUCAAAUAAUAGACUAUAUUGCUGGCUACAUUAUAGUUUAUUCUUCAUAGGUUCUUUAAAGCUAGUUUCUUAAUCUAUGGUACAGAUCGGAUACUGGAGUGUUGUGAAUGUCUUAAUUGUAGUUUGUGUUUAGUGUUUCGAAUAUUUGUGUUUUAUCUUUAUUGGAAGAUCGAGCGUUCAUUAUGGAGAACAGAUUUCCCAACGCAUAUCAUCUGACAAACGAUGAGGUGGAUUACGAAUUGAUAAUUCGGGGUAGACUAGAGGAGACGAGAUGGGAUCUGGAGGGCAAAUGUCAAUUUCUCGGGAAACUGUUUCGAACAGAUGCCCGAAGGAAUCGUGAAUACCGUUCACAAUAUACAAUUUAUCAGGAAUACAACCAUAUAUUGGCGAAAGUGGACUUUUUCGGGAGGAAGUUGGAUAGAGAACCCGACGACCGGCUAAUUUCUCGCCUUAAGCACUAUUUGCUAAGGGUGACGAGGUGCAAAACUCCUGAUCCUUUCUCAGAAAUAAUGCGAAGGGAUCUUGUAGAUAAAAUUCACACUCUUUUGAUCAGGUCUAACGAAAAGGGGGGUCCCGUUAAGCAGAGUAGAAAGUUAGCCUCCGAAAAACACGAACGACCGGUGCACAAUGCAUACGCGGUUGAUUUUGACAGGCCAGAAAGCCAGGAUUGGGAGGCUAUGGAGUCCCAGUCAGAACUUUUGUAUCCUCAAUCGCUUCCCAGGUCGGUAGAAGAGUGUCCACAACAAAUUAAUCGAAGUGAUGAAUUGCUAGCCCGAAUAGCGGAAUUAGAGCAUGAAAUCGCGAAGGUGAACAGGGCGAAUCAGCGGAAAUUGAACGCUCCUAUCGAGAAUGAUACCGACAACACCAGAUUCGAUCAGCCCUUCUACUCAGGACACGGAAUGAUCGAGUCGAACUAUCUGCACAGCGAUUGGCACGAAUCUUGUGUACGGGAUGGUUUGACGAAUAGUUGGGUUGAAGAUCAUAGUAGGGAUUGCCGGGCGGACGAGAUUGCGAGGGGAAGGCAGCAAUUGUAUCGCUUUCCUGAAGAGUUUGGGCAUAAUGAUAGGGAGAACAGGCAAGGGCGAAGCGGUAGAGUAGAGCGUAAGUUUCAACGUAGUGAAGGAGAUUGUUUACAUGACAGUUUGCAGUCUGGCUAUUCAUCGAGUUCAGAAGAAGUCGGCGAUGACCAAGAUUGUCCCUCUCGUUCGUUCUACGAGCGCUCGAGAGAGACGAAUCAUGAAGUGGGAUAUUCGGGAUCGUCGUAUUUUGAUACCGACGAAUUAGAUCGCACUCGGAAUCAGUACGAAGAUGAUUUGGAGUCGUAUAAGCCUUUGAAUACGAACAUAACCGAGCCGAUUCGAUUGGAUACAGUGCCGAAUGAAGCAGGCAGUACGGAUGAGCAUAGUGACACUGAUGAACUAUGGGAGACUGGUUUAACUGGUGGUUCUACGAAGUUUGGAGGACGGGAAAUCUACUCGUGUAUCGAUAAGAUAUUAAACAAUGUAGCUAUUCCCGUGAUAGACCCUAUGCUCAGUGAUAGUUUAGUCAUCGAGGAGACAUGGGACGGUUUGAUGUUAGGAAUUAGUCCGGUUCCAAGUGAGGGUAGUAACCGUAUUGCUCACUUAAUCCUUACUUCAGGAUCGAAAGUAGAGGAAAACGGUUUUUGCGGGAUCGUCGGCAAAAAUUCGGGGAAAAGCGGCAAAGAAUCUGGCGAAGGGUUGUCUGUACCCUCGAAGUGUGAAACUGCCGAAUCGCAAAACACAUUACUGGAGAAUGCGAAGAUCGAUCGAGAUGUUAAGAAACAGGGCAGAAUUCCGUCGUUAGUCAAGAGCGAGUCGUGUCCAAUACGACGACGAAGGGUUUUGGUUUCAGAUGGUCGUGCAUAUUGCCGCCUUCGAGAUUCACUCGUCACUGAGGAUGUUCAGUCGAGAAACCAGAAAAGGUUCUACAAAAAAUCUGGCUAUGUUAACUAUAAUACCUACUCUGUGAAAGAAGGGAUUCCUGCGAACAAUUUGGAGCAAUCGGGCAAGGGAAAAUUGUAUGUUUCGGUGUUAGCAUUUAAAUACGUGCUGGCUGAUGCAAAGUGGGUUAAGGGAGCACAUUGCUACGAUAUUGAGGAUUUGAGUGGGAAGCGGCCUACGAUACUCAACUUCAAAUACCGCAGAAAACUCUACCCACCCAAUUCCUCCCUCUCUCCCACUUAAGAGAAUUAAAAAAUUCGAGCUAUGUAUCUCUCAUUUGUUGAGUAGAGACAAUUGCGCCAUGACGCGAAAGCUCUGGUUGCGGAAAAUACUGUUCCACCGUUUGUAAGGCUCUGCACUGUUCUUAGCACAGCUGCAGCCCCCACAACAACUUUAAUUUACUGGGGGAUCCUUGCGAAAGCUCAAGAGGCCUUACAAAUCUGGUUGGAAACAGUUAAUUUAAUUUCGGGAAAUAAGCUUCGUUCCCCCUCACUAGUUACUACUGCACGUAUAGCUAUCCCCUCGACCAGAAGUCAGAGAGAGUUCACGGCGCAAGCCUGAACGAUGAUCUACCAAACCAGAAACUCCGAGCCAAAGUGGCGUUGAAGAGGAGUACCUGUAAUGGGAAACACAUCGCGAGUCCAAGACUGGGGAUGCUUGGAUGAUGACCGUGCAAGACUCGGAGGACUUUCCAGUGUAAGGUCGAUGACGAGCAAACCCGAGUGAAUCGAGCUGGCAGUAUCAACUAGGAAGAGGGAAAGUUACGUAUUUUCUUAAGGAAAUUCAAGAGGGAAAGUAUUCGAACAGGUUGGCCUGCCUGUCGAGAGAGGAGUCGAUAUCUUCCCCGGGGCCGAGACUAAGACGAAUAGGGUGUUGUGCUAAUCACAAUCACCCACCCUCCCCCGUAUUUCUGUAAAUAAUUCCCGUUCGGAUUAAAUGAUGUUAGUGUUUUUACAACUACAUCGAGUCGUAUACUCUAUGUUAGUACCUAACGCUAACAUAUAUUGAAAUUUACCUGCUAAUUAGGUCUAUAUUUUGUUAAAAUGGAAUUAUUUUGUUAUUUAUAUGCAUGCAAUUUAUUUAUUUAUAAUUAUUUAUUAGUGAAAUAUUUAUUUGUUCAGUUAUUUCAUGUUAUUUAUUUAUUUAAUGUUUAGUUAUUCAUUUUGGUGUAGAAUAUUUGUUAUUUGGGAAAUUUACGGGGGAAAUUUUAUGGUAACUUAUGGCGUCAUUCUGGAUGGAAAUAUGGUCCUUGUCGCUGUCCGGUUGCUCCUAAAAUGUAAAACUUACCAUUAGAACCAGUUCAAUAGACCCACCUGCAAUCGGAAUCCAACUUCCCUCCUUCCGCUGGUUUCUUCAAAACCAGUUCCCGUAUGGUAUAUUCCUGUGGGGUGGGUUGGCCGUCGACACCCGUCCAUCUCCCUAGAAGCUACCUAAUAAAUAAAAACAAAACCAAAUUUAGUUACCGUUUUUCGUGUAAUCCACCGUUUGCAGGACAGGUUUUGUGCACAAAUUACCUGGAAACGUUCCAUUAAUAUUCCGAUCUACCUAAAACACAACCGAUUACAAUAUUUACUUUUUGUUUUGACAUUUCUAGUCGCGACCGGGUUGGUGGUUCAAUGUGUGGAGCUUUCAUAGGGCUGCCAACUUUUUACCUACACUUUCGUUAAGUUUUUCGUUUUUAAGUUUCGGCGUGAGAAACAUAAUGUAAAGUGGGAGUAGGGUAAUGUAGGGUAUGUUGUUUCAGUUUGUGUGUUCAUAUGGUCGGACAAGUUCCGGCGUUGCCUACGCAGCUGAAAUAAUUGAUUCUGUUUUGGGGAAAUAUUAUGGUAGAUUUCUCACUGGCCGAUGCAUUUCGGUGUUAGAGUUACUGCUAGGGGUACGGA